CGAGGACGGAGAAGAUGUCGGCUGUUGAUCUUCACAUGGAUCCAUCAGAGGGAGGCCUGAAGGAGCUGGUGCUGAGGUGGUUCACUGAGACUCAGGCGCCGCUCAUCGUCAACAAUGGAAACUUCCCUGACUGGUUUCAAGGCUUCGCUGCAAGAAAGGACACGGAAGAUCUGCUGAGAGAUAAAGCUCUGGGCUGUUUUCUCAUCCGCCUCAGUGACAAAGCCAUCGGCUACAUCCUGUCCUACAAGGGCCACGACAGGUGCCGCCAUUUUGUCAUCACCCAGAAUCAGGAUGGACAGUUUGUCAUAUCAGGAGACUGUCAGACGCACGGCAGUCUCACUGAGCUGAUAGAACAUUACAAAGUCAGCCCCAUCCAGCCCUUUGGAGAAUACCUGACCUCCAGCUGUUAUGAGGAAGACACAGGUGAGCUGUAUGAUGUGGUGAAUUAUAACAAGACGUCUGGAGUGAGUGUCCAAGCUCUGCGGACUCUGUGGGACCACAAAAAUGAUCUUCACAGCGACCCUGGCAGUAAUCAGAGGGUUCAGCUGCAGAGUGAUCCUCCUGCAGCACAGCCUCCUCCUGCAGCGCAGCCUCCUCCUGCAGCGCAGCCUCCUCCUGCAGCGCAGCCUCCUACAACGCUGCCCCCUGCACUGCCACCUAAAACUAAUAGCAGAAAGCUGACAGGAGCCGUGUCUGUAGACACAGUGUCUCUCUCACAGGGAGUUCCUCCUGUACCAAAGAGAGGCAUCCCUCUGGGCUUCUCCCUCAGCGGAUCUCUGCCCGAAACCACAUCACAUCCGAGUGAAACCCAGACUGACGAGAACAGAUCAGAGAGACUCAGAGAAAACACAAACUCAGCACUAACGUCUGACUCUUUUCACAUCGCUGACACCAGUUAUCCAGGUGACCUCUGUCCGACAGGGACCACCUACUCUGAGCUGACACAGGUGGAGAGCAGGAGCAGAUCUCUGCCACGACUCAACAACAGCAGCAUGGAGGAGGAGACGGAGUACUCCAACCAGCUCAGCAGUCCCUCCUUCUCAACAUCAUCAUCUUACUCACCCACUGCGCUGAAGAAGGUCACCUGCCACACCUACUCCCUCCACGACCCCAGAGACAGUCAGAAGCCGAGCAGCUCCAGGUCGCAGCAGCAGGGUGGUGAUGUGGAAAUGUCCCGGUCCAACCCGCUGUACCAGACUUCUGAGGGGCCCGCAGGGAGUUCAGCUCAGUCGGCUCAGCAGGGAGACGCCAUGUACGCUGAGGUCCCCCAGGGGCCGAGUCCUGCUGGGCUGCACGAUAACACCUACGAGCAGAUCCCCGGGGAGGCCUCCGCCGACCAGGGCAACAUGUACGAGUCUCUGGAGGACGUCAAGACCAAGAAGUCCAAAUCCACCUGGGGCAAAAAUAAUAUGAAUUGGAAGAAAUUCCUCCCUGAUUACAUGAAGAAAUAAAAAGACUCAGCGCGUCCGAUCAGCUGGGUUAAUUAAGACAGUAAUGAAUUAAGUAUUACAGAUAAUUCCCUUUUAUAAGAACACUAGUCCAUAGCCAUUGGUAGCUUUGUCACCUUCUACCUAUGCCAGUCCUCAAUGCCUAU